CAUAAAUUUAGGCAUUAAAAGACCAACCCGCCUUCCAUUUGCAGCAUUUCAAUUCGCCCUAAACGGUAUCGUCCGCGAUACAAACAAGCAAGACAUAACAAGGUUUAAGCCCAAUAAACUCAAAAAUCAGCUGGCCCUACGGUAAUCCUUACUCCACGUCUGUCUACCGCUUAUCUCUCAAAUCCUUAUCCGCAGCGAUUCAACAAUCUAAUAAUACUUUGUCCUCUUCUUCAAUUUUCUGCUGCCUCUCUUCAACGCCCAUAUCUUUAUCUAAUCAUUCCUUUCUCUGCUUUCUUCUUCUCUAUUGGUCCAAUUUUUUUUCCUCUGCUGAAUUCGGUGCUCUUCCUUUGAAACCCUCGAGUAAUCGCUGUGCUUAAGCGUCUUACAAGUUCGAUUCAAUUGAGGGUUUUUCUCUUUCUUUUUUCAAUUUUGCUUUGGGUUUAAUUUUUCUGGAUUGUUGGGUAUUAUUUGUUUGUCUCUAUUUCGUUGGGAAGGAAGAGUCAGAUGGCUUUGUGGUCGAUUUUAUUGGAUAUUUUGAAUAGGCCUACUAUUGGUGAUAUCGUGGCUGAGCUCGUCAUGUUUAUGGCUCCCUUGUGGAUUGCGGUUAUUAUUGGGGUUCUUGUAGGAUGGGCGUGGAAGCCUAAAUGGGCCAACUUGGGUAGAGAAUUGCUGGAUUCUUCUGUCAAUAAAGACUCUGCGAACACAGUACCAUCGCCAGCAUCUUCCUCGAUUCCGACCUUAAAUUCUUUGAAGUUUCAGUUGCCCAGUUGCAUCUCUUGGAUUGCCGACGAUGGGAUUCAAAAGGACUCUCCCCCAGCCCCACCUUCCUUGAGUGCUGAUUGCAGUUCCAAACAGUCGCAAAAGGAAAGUUCCGGUAUAGUAAAUGAAGAUGAUUUAGAGCAUUUGUGCAAGCUUGUGGAAGAGAAAGAUGGAGGUCCUGCUUGGAUUCAGAUGAUGGAUCGUUCUACCCCAACUAUGAGCUAUAAAGCUUGGCGGAGGGACCCUGAGAAUGGCCCCCCGCAAUAUCGUAGUAGCACUGUGUUUGAGGAUGCCACUCCUGAAAUGGUGAGGGACUUCUUUUGGGAUGAUGAAUUUCGAAUGAAAUGGGAUGACAUGCUUAUACAUGCUGCAACUUUGGAGGAGUGCCCUACCACAGGAACAAUGAUAGUUCAGUGGGUGCGGAAGUUUCCCUUCUUCUGCAGUGACAGAGAGUACAUCAUAGGCCGUCGAAUUUGGGAAUCAGGUCGACUGUAUUACUGUGUUACAAAGGGAGUUCCUUGCAUGUCUGUUCCAAGGCGCAACAAACCAAGACGUGUGGAUUUGUACUAUUCAAGCUGGUGCGUUCGUGCAGUUGAAUCAAAAAGGGGGGAUGGCCAGCUGACUGCAUGUGAGGUGCUACUGUUCCAUCAUGAAGAUAUGGGUAUUCCGUGGGAAAUUGCAAAGCUUGGAGUCCGGCAGGGUAUGUGGGGAGCUGUGAAAAAGAUUGAACCGGGUUUACGUGCAUAUCAAAAGCAGAGAGCAGCUGGAGACCCACUUUCACGUUGUGCUUUCAUGGCUCAGAUCAACACCAAAGUAAGCGCAGAUUACCUGAGAUCUUUAGAGAGCAAUGCUAAUAGUUCAUUGGAGGCUGCAACGCAGGAUUCAUCCAAGAAAUCGGGGGGAAACAUACCUAGGAUGCUAGUGCUUGGUGGGGCUAUUGCUCUUGCUUGUACUCUUGACAGAGGGCUGCUGACUAAAGCUGUUAUAUUUGGAGUAGCUAGAAGAUUUGCAAAAAUUGGAAGGAGGUUGUGAUUAGGAAUUUUUAUUCUUCAUUUUUAUUUUUUAUUGCCUGAUUUGGAAGAUGACAGCCGAAGUUAAUCGAGGGUUGCAGUGAAUUGAGAAAUGGUCAGAUGAUGUAUGCCCUAACUCACCUAGUUGAAAUGGAUACGAGCUUUGUACUCAUUUUUCCUUGUGCUUGAGGUUCGGCGCAGCUUCAGAUCAGAUAGAGAAAAAGAUCAUGCAAGCUGUAUUCAUGAAAUAGGGCAAUGUAAUCAAAGAACCUCAGGCUGCAAAAAUAACAGAAACAGUGAGGUUCUUUUCUUGUCAUUCUGUGUUGUUCUUAAUAUAGUAAUUGAUACAUUUCCUUUUGGACCAAUAAUGAAAGGCCAAUCUACUUGCUUGUUUUAA